AUGUUGAAGUUGGCUCGUCUUACCUCGCAGGUUCUGACAGACACAGUCCAUGCUGUCGAUAAAGCGUUGGUCCUGAGUCUAUGGAGAGGUUACAUGGUUAUAAACAAACAACCUGUCAGGGUGGAGAGCACUUUCAGCUACCUGGAGAUUUGCUCCAUCAACAUUCAUAGUCUCACCGAGAUUGUGUUGGAGACAGACAGGCAGACUCUGUCUUUCAGCGCAUUGCAUGUUGAGGAUCUCGAGUCCAUGGUCGGUCACAUGACUGCCUCACUGAAGAGGAUCUUCCCUGAUUCCUCUCCAGGAAAGCUGUUGAAGACGAUUGCUCCAGAUCUCCAGCAGAGACUCCUCACACAGACUGCUGUGGUCGAGGAACAGAUCAACAGUCAGCCUGGCUACUGUGGAGGAUUCUCUGAUACCUACGCUGCUCUGUGUGAUUUCAAUGAGAUGCCAUUUAGAGAGGAGAUUCAGUGGGACGUCGACAACAUUUACUACAUCAACAACUGGAGACAGUUCAACCUGCAGGACUUCAGCCACUUAGACAGCAGGGACUUGGCAUUAGCAGUAGCAGCUCUGUCUUUCAACCAGUGGUUUACCAAGAUCUACUGCAAAGAACUCAAACUGUCAGUAGACGUCCAGCAGCAGCUGACUUUCCUGCUGUCCAGAUCUCCCAGUCUGGAGGAGCUCUCACUGGAAACCAGUGGACUCAAACUGGACUUUGCAGUGAAAAUGGCAGCUGCCCUACGUGAGCACACCUCCUCUGCCCUGCAAUCUAUCAACCUCUCAGGAAAUCCAAUCGAAGACAAAGGUGUAAUAGCUCUCAGUCAGGAGUUUGGCAAUCUAGCUGAAGGACUCAAGCACCUUUCUCUAUCCCGGGUAUCAAUGACUGCUAGAGGUCUUGGCUGUCUGAGUCAGGUAUUAUCCUCCACUCAGCUGUUCUCCGCUACUCUGACCCACCUCGAUCUGUCCAGUAACCCCGGCAGCCUGAUUACUGAAGAGGCCACGUUUCUCUUCAAGUUCUUGUCAAGUACUAACUCUCUGUCUCAUCUGGACCUCAGUGACACUACCUGCCCUCUGGACACGUUAUUUGUGUCCCUGUCAGCUGGAUGUUGUUACAAACUGAUGCACCUGAACCUGGCCAGAAACCCUUUCAGCCACAGAAAGGUGCGCGAGGUGACCAGGAGCAUUCGUGAGUUCUUCAGUCAGAGCUGUGAGUUAAAAUACGUGGGCCUGUCUGCAACCAAACUACCUCCACAAGCUCUCAGGUUAUUACUGCAGGGCCUGGCGACCAACACUCGUCUCUUUGGGCUGGAGUUGGACCUCAGUAGCUGUGAGCUACGUUCAGCGGGGGCCCAGGUGAUACAAGAGCACAUCUCUGAAGCUACAGCUAUCAAAAGUCUGGAUAUCUCUGACAAUGGUAUGGAAAACCACAGAUCUAUGUUGUGCAGGAACUUCACUCUGCAGCAGGUGUCUCUCCCCCUGGCUGAUAUCACACAGAGUUACCGCAGCAACCCUGACAGAACAAGAGAGGCCCUGCACAAGAUCCAGCAGUGUUUAGACAGAAACAACCAGAGACAGUCUGACAGAGUGGAGCUGCAGCAAGUGUUUAAAGCUCAACAAUCUGAAAAGAUGGUCCAGGGUUUGUAUCAGCAGCUGGAGGACAGCCUUAAACGUUUAAACCACUGCAAUGUUCAGGAGGUCCAGGCCGACAUUCAGACAGCGCACGAGGUGCUGCACAAUGCCAGGGAGUCCUUCAAGUUUCUUCCCUCUCUGUAUGAGGCAGGGAGGAAGUGUGCCUCUGAUGGAGACCUGGUGAACUGCAUCCUCGCUGAUACUGCUACUGCAUUGACUAAUGAGUUUAACAGAAGCAUACAGGAACUGGUUGCUCAGGCUGGAUGGGGUAUGCCAGGAGGCAGCACAAUGUCCACACGCGUUGGUCCAGCAACCAGUGUUGAACUGAGACAAACACUGAGCGUCUCUCUGGCUGAGAGCAUCAUAGACCAGGUACUACAGGAUCUGACAAUUGCACAGAACAAAAUGGAUUGCCUUAUAAAAGAAAAUUCAUGGCUCGCUCUGAGAAUCCCAGAGCUCCGACUGGCCGACAACGACUUCCCAACUGAUGACUACAGUCCAGCUUUCUGGAGAAAUAGUUUCCACUGCAAGAGCCUGAGGCCUGCCCCUUCAAUUAAGAGUCUUCUGGAUGCCGACUGGGAACAGCAGACCAGGGACAGAGGAGCAGAGAGAGAGAGGGGAGGAGAGGAUGGAGGGGGAAGGUGUGGCCUCUCUCAGUUGCCGACAGCAACCCCACUGUCAGUCACAGGCUCAAGCCCCGCCCCUUCCCCUUCCCCUUCCCCUACCUCCCCGUCCCCUCCCCCCCGGGACGGAGGGUGGAGGCGGAGGGGAGGGGAGGUGGUGGCAGUGGAUGCUGCAGCAGCAAUAUCAGGAGCGAGAGGAGAUGUUAUUCCUCCUCCCAGUCUCCCUAUCCUUCACUCCAUCCCCGCUCGACUCCAGAGGAGGAGGCUGCGGCCGCGGAGCUUACCCACGAGAGGCCCCCUCCCCAGCUCUGGAUCCCCCGCUUCUCCCAUGGAGCCUCUACCCACCCAGGGACAGACUCUAAGGCACUACACUGCCUCCCGACCACGGCCGCGACGCACACACACACAGCCCCCCUCCUCCAGGCCUCAGCUCGAGAGGGAAGGCUGGCCGGCGCGCAGGGCUUCACAACAGAGGCCUUUCUCUUCGCUGCGCGCAGCCCAGGCUCCCAGCCUGUCCCCGCUUCUCAUGACAACAGGGACACCGAUCUACAGCGAACUACAUAGCCGUUCCCGACCACGGCCGCGACGCACACACGACACAGCCCCCCUCCUCCAGGCCGUCCAGGUAGAGAAGUGUGGGCCAGGAGGACCCCUUUUCCACCAGAUAAGCUCUGGUUCUUGA